GAAUUUCCUUCCCAAAUUAUCCCUCAGCCCCUGAGCUCAUUGAUUGAAUGUGGCGUUUGUGUGGCUUUGUGUGGUAGUUUAAUUUUCUCCGAAUCGGUUUAAAAAUCCUCCUUACCGGGUGUGCUGUAGCGCGUUGUCGUCGAACGAAAAAACCCCUUAUCAAUCGUAACGGCAUUUAAUUUAUCUAACCGGGAGCAACGCUAACCGGAAACGGGAGCGAAAUCCUACAUCAGAUUAUAGCAUCGAAAAAAAAAGUUAAACCGUUUGCCAGAGAACCGAAGGAGAACAGCAAGAGGUGUUAAUCGAAGCAGCCGGGGCAAUAAUCCCUACCGUGAUCCAGCAUAAACGGGUGGCUCGUAAGCAAUAGAACCCCUAUCCCGGAACGUAAUUCCCGGCACGUCGAAAGGGGGAGAGUGAAAAAAAGCUACUUACACCGCACAGAACAACCCCGAAAGUCAAAAGGAAAGAGAAUAGAGGAAAAAUCGAAAUCAUCAAACAAAAACAUGGGUAAAAGUAAAAUCCAAUGCAGCAAGUGUCAGAAAAAGUGUUCGGGCGAGGUGUUACGCGUCUCGGACCGUUACUUCCACAAGACAUGCUUCCAGUGUACCAAGUGUCACAAGUCGCUAGCAACUGGAGGGUUUUUCUCGAAGGAUGGGUCGUACUACUGUACAUUCGACUAUCAGAAACUGUACGGCACAAAAUGUGCCGCCUGCGGUCAGUAUGUUGAGGGCGAGGUUGUAUCAACGAUGGGCAACACAUAUCAUCAGAAGUGCUUCACCUGUAGCAAAUGCAAACAGCCGUUCAAAUCUGGCAGCAAGGUUACCAACACCGGCAAGGAGGUGCUGUGCGAGAGCUGUGUGAAAUGUCCACCCGGUAGUGGGGUAGGCGGUGGGGGAGCAGCUGUUGGGUCGCCUACAGUCGGUGGUGGAGCUUCGGCCACAGUAUCGCCGAAGAGUCGUGCAAUCGAACAGAAGCAGGAGCAGCGUACUAUCAAGGAGAUCACCUCGAGCCCAACGAAAGCUGCCACGCUACAGCACCAUCAGGAGACGGUGAAGAAGCAACAGCAGUUGCUACAGAACGGUGGCAAACAACCGGAUCCGAAUGAUUGUGCCGGGUGUCAGCAGCAGCUGAAGGAGGGUCAGGCACUGAUUGCUCUCGAUCGUCAAUGGCAUAUUUGGUGCUUCAAAUGUAAUGCCUGCGGCACGACACUGAACGGAGAGUACAUGGGUAAGGACGGUGUACCGUACUGUGAGAAAGACUUCCAGAAGUCGUUCGGUGUGAAGUGUGCACACUGCAACCGUUACAUUAGUGGCAAGGUAUUGCAAGCCGGUGACAACCAUCACUUCCAUCCCACGUGUGCACGUUGCACCAAGUGCGGCGAUCCAUUCGGCGAUGGAGAGGAGAUGUAUCUACAAGGUGGCGCCAUCUGGCAUCCGAGAUGCGGUCCCGGACCGUCGUCCGAAGCCGGCAUCUUGAAUGGUGUCGAUACAAACGGUUUUAACACCGAGACGGAGUUCGAUCGCACCAGCACUAGUGGCAUGAGUGAAAUUCAGUUCACGUAUCGUUCACAAACUCCGAGUGUUAAUGGUUCAGUUUAUAGUCCCUACACGCAUAGAAAGUACCAUCGUACCACCAGCCCGGGAUUAAUUUUAAGAGAAUACAAAAAUCAAGGCUAUGAGGAUAUUGCCCGUAUCUACACCUACAGCUACCUUACCGAGGAACCCGGUUACCUUCGGCGCCCAAUCGAACCGUACGAUAGGGCUCCGGUAUCGCCGCACUUUCACCGACCGGUACACUACUCGUCGAUGGGUGGUACGGCCAGCAGUGUCGGUACGCGGUCCGCAUCCGGUUCUCGUUCGCACUCGCGCAGUCGCAGCGCAAUGAAGGUGCUGGUCGACAGCAUCCGUUCGGAAACGCCACGUCCGAAGAGCCCGGGCAUGAACAACGAGGAACCGAUCGAGCUAAGCCACUAUCCCGCGGCAAAGAAGCCUCCGCCAGGCGAGAAACCAAAGAUCGAACGGGAUGAUUUCCCGGCCCCGCCUUACCCGUACACGGAUCCGGAGCGUCGUCGCCGCUAUUCCGACUCGUACAAGGGUGUACCUGAAUCAGACGACGAAGUCGAUCAUGCGAAUAAUAAGGAAAACGUUACGGAAAAACGUCACACGAAGGAGGAAGAGGAGCUGCGCAAACUGAAAUCAUCCGGUAUGGGUACGGUUAUACUGAAGGAUCUACAAGAAAAGAAGCGCUACGAACACUGGAAGCAGGAAAACCUUGAUCCACGCAAUGCUUCCCGUACGCCGUCCGCUGCGAAGGAACCAAUGCACCGGAUGCGUUACGAGUCACCGGUUGGUGCAUCACCUUCGCGUAACCUCGACCAUCAGAAACCAUUCUACGAGGAUGAGUUCGAUCGUUCCACCAGUUACCGUGGAUCGGUCGGUCGUGCCAUUGGAAACGCGACCAGUUACAAUGCCAUCCAUUCGUACAGGUCACCUCCGAAGCCGGGAUAUGGAUUCAAAACGUCCACACUGCCACCGUCGCUAAGAAACGGUUACAGCUCCGAUUUCUCGUUCAGCGGACUCGGAGAUAAGACCCACAGUACGGAGUUCAGCUGCGGUAAAAGCGACAUUUCCGGCGAUUCCAUAACCGAAGGCGAUCGUCGUGCUUUGGGAGCAGAACUUCCUGCCUCCAGUACGUAUUCCGGUGCACUUUCCUAUCAUUACCCGCAGCAACCAACACGUCGCAGCUUGCCCAAUAUGGCCCACUCGAUGCUGGUGCAUGAGCCGGCCAAAAUUUAUCCCUAUCAUCUGCUUCUAAUCACUAACUACCGAUUGCCGUCUGAUGUCGAUAGAUGUAAUCUAGAGCGUCACCUGUCGGAUGUGGAGUUUGAAGCCAUUCUUCAAUGUACGCGGCCGGAGUUUUACCGUAUGCCCCAGUGGAAGCGCAAUGACAUGAAACGACGUGCACGUUUGUUUUAAAACAUCAACACCACCACCACCACCAACCAUAUGCAGGCUCGUGGAAAUGCUAAUUCCUUGUUUUUUUUGAAGUAUCUUCCAUUGCCGGGCAAACGGAAGAUUCAAACCAAAUCCGUGCUAUUGCUAAUGUACCAGCCGUCUGUUUGUGUUAUUUUGUUUUGUUUUUUCUUCGUUUAAGGUGGACGUGCACUCGGUACACGGUCGCGUAUAUAUAUAAUAUUAUAAUUACUAUCAUUAUUAUUGACUUUGUAACAAUUCUAUAGCCUGUAUAGUGCGUUACGUGGUGCUACCGUAGGUAGCAUCCUUCCUUAAGAUUGCAGCUCCGUAUACUUUCAAAUUGGACCUUUUACUUUAGCUUGACAAUUAAUUAUUGUAACAUUUUCGGUUUUUUUUUUGUUUCUUUGUUAUUUAUAAUUGUAACGGUUGAUUCAAAACAUCAAACAAACAAACUUAUUUAAUCAAUGACGUGACACGAACGGUGCGGUUUUAUGUGAAAUACAUACAUGAAUUCCCUUUUUGCCAACGAGGGCAAUAGAAGAUGAUCAUUCGCUUGUAGCUUCAAAUUGGCCUACACCGGAACGAAAUGAAAUUAAAGAUGAUGUGUUGUGGUUCGUCGUAACUGUCAACGGCUGGAUUCUAAUGCAUUUAUGUAGCGUGGUGUGCGCUGUGCGAUGGGCUGUUAAUUGUUUUGCUGCACACGCCAGUUAGGGGUUAUGGAGAAAACAAAAAGAAAUCAAACAAUAAUAACAGAAGGACAUACUCCAUCUACAAUCCAAGCAUCAUUAAUCCGUUAACGAAAACAAACAAACAAACAAACAAAAAACUACACACAACAAUCGAACAGACAAACACGCGUACAUACGAACUUACCUAGAUAUGGAUUGCAAACACAAAAUUCAGCUAGCCUUAAUGCAACUAAUUGUAGAUUUUAAAUAGACGUGGACUAUGUGGGUACAACUAGAAACGAAAGCAUACAAGGGCGCGUGGGAAGCAGCUACACGUUUAUAAGCUAGAGAUAUUUAUGAGUUUUAUUUAUACGAACGGUUAUACUAGCAUACAACAUCCUAACGCGUACCGGAAAUAUGAACUAAGAGAAGGAUAAUAUAACUAAAGCAAACAGACAACCAACACAUCAUACCCAGUACGCAGUCGUAUAAAUUACGCUGAAUGGAAAGAAUAUGAAAUUAAAUAAUUACAAUCGAUUGUGCAAACCGCGGAACACACCCGGUUCAAUUUACACAAUGAGCAAAAGCAAAUCUGCACUGCCCGCUUCGGUUUGCUUGAAUGAGAUGAAUGUUUGAUGCUUUCGUCGGGUUAGAAAAAAUCGGAAAAGGUGUUAAAAAGGUCAGCUAAGAAAUGGGAAAGAAGCAUGGCGUAAAAAAAAACAUCGCAUUCAAUAGUAAAGAUUUAAAAGUAAUGUAUUAGACACGCAUCACGCCGUACCUUUGUCAUGAUAUUGUGAAUUCCGCUAAAAAGAUGAAAAGGAUCGUCUUUAAGUAAAAAAUUUCAACAACAAAAAACACGAAAAAUUUCCACAAUCGAUGCAUUUGUGUACAUGAUAGGAGAGAAAAACUAAAUUAAAGCAUCACAACUUGAAACAUGCACCAAAGUGAAGAGGAAAUGAGUAAACAAUUGAAUCCGAUAGCGUUCAGCAAUAAAUAUACCUACUUUGAAAGGCCGAUCCCGACAAGAAGAA